UUUUCAGUACAUAGAGAGAUUGAAAUUACUCUCUUUCUGCUCAUUUUAGCAGUAUGUGCUCUAACUUUGGUAGGAAACAUUGGGAUGAUUUCUUUAAUCAGGUUGGAUUCUCGACUUCACACACCCAUGUAUUUUUUCCUCAGUAACCUGGCCUUUGUAGACCUUUGUUAUUCCUCAUCAGUAGCCCCCAAGUUCCUGCAGACCCUCCAGACCAAGCACAGAUCCAUAUCUUUCUAUGCAUGUGCAACACAGCUGGGUUUUUUCCUGACCUUCCUGAUUUCAGAGAUGUUCCUCCUUGCAGUAAUGGCUUAUGACCGCUAUGUGGCAAUUUGCAAUCCUCUUUUCUACAUGGUGGUUAUGUCCCAAAAAGCGUGUAUGUGACUGGUAUUGGGCCCCUACUUAUACAGCUUUUCUGCUGCUUUGCUCCACACAGUAGUUACUUUUAAAUUGAUCUAUUGUGGCCCGAACAUAAUCAAUCACUUCUAUUGUGACGAUGUUUCUUUGAUGGCCCUUGCCUGCUCAGACACCCGCCUCAAAGAGAUCCCAAUUUUCAUCUUUGCUGGAUUCAACAUGAUCAGCUCACUAACCACCAUCCUUAUUUCUUACUUGUGCAUUGUGGCUGCUGUUUUGAGAAUCCAGUCUGCAGAAGGGAGGUGUAAGGCUUUCUCAACGUGUGCCUCUCAUCUGACUGCUGUGACUGUAUUCUACGGAACUCUGAUAUUCAUGUAUCUGCAGCCAAAAGCAAACCAUUCCCUUGACACAGACAAAAUGGCCUCUGUGUUCUAC